GUUAGCAGGGACCAGGGCUGACCCCCACCUCCCAGCCUCCCAGCUUGGCUAUGGCAUGAAGAUGGGGAUGGGAGUGUGUAGUUGGGGGAAGCACCUGCCCGGACCCCUGCCUACCAUCUGGCUGGGCACUCCAAGGCUGUGGACUGCCCACCUGGUGUUCCCCAACACCUCCAGCCCUGCCCAGUGCACUCCGGUGCCUGCUUCCCUUCAUUGCCUGCGAUUUAGACCAGCCCGGCUGUAUCCAGGGCAACAGAAGCAGGAGUGUCACUGGCCUCCAGAUCAUUGAGGGUCCCACGAUGUGGCCUGGGCUGUGAUUUCCCCUGGAUGAAACAGCUUGAGCUCCCUCCCUGGAUUCCAAGAGAGCCCUGCUAAGAGAGACCAGGUGCAGGAUAGCUGAUGGAGUCCCCCAGAGGCCGUGGAGUACCAGACUGGUUGACCCCGUAGGGUUAGGAGUAGCCCCUGCCCCUCAGUAUGGCCAACACCACUGGAGAGCCUGAAGAGGUGAGCGGCGCACUGUCCCCACCGUCAGCAUCAGCUUAUGUGAAACUGGUGCUGCUGGGACUGAUCAUGUGCGUGAGCCUGGCAGGCAAUGCUAUCUUGUCCCUGCUGGUGCUCAAGGAGCGUGCCCUGCACAAGGCUCCUUACUACUUUCUGCUGGACCUGUGCCUGGCCGAUGGCAUACGCUCUGCAGUCUGCUUCCCUUUUGUGUUGGCUUCUGUGCGCCAUGGCUCCUCGUGGACCUUCAGUGCACUCAGCUGCAAGAUCGUGGCCUUUAUGGCUGUGCUCUUUUGCUUCCACGCGGCCUUCAUGCUGUUCUGCAUCAGCGUCACCCGCUACAUGGCCAUCGCCCACCACCGCUUCUACGCCAAGCGCAUGACACUCUGGACAUGCGCAGCUGUCAUCUGCAUGGCCUGGACCCUGUCUGUGGCCAUGGCCUUCCCACCCGUCUUCGAUGUGGGCACCUACAAAUUUAUCCGUGAGGAGGACCAGUGCAUCUUUGAGCAUCGCUACUUCAAGGCCAAUGACACACUGGGCUUCAUGCUCAUGUUGGCUGUGCUCAUGGCAGCCACACAUGCUGUAUAUGGCAAGCUGCUCCUCUUCGAGUAUCGUCACCGCAAGAUGAAGCCAGUGCAGAUGGUGCCAGCCAUCAGCCAGAACUGGACAUUCCAUGGCCCUGGGGCUACCGGCCAGGCUGCUGCCAACUGGAUCGCCGGCUUUGGCCGUGGGCCCAUGCCACCAACUCUGCUGGGUAUCCGGCAGAAUGGGCAUGCAGUCAGCCGGCGGCUGCUAGGCAUGGACGAGGUCAAGGGUGAAAAGCAGCUGGGCCGUAUGUUCUACGCAAUCACAUUGCUCUUCCUGCUCCUCUGGUCACCCUACAUUGUGGCCUGCUACUGGCGAGUGUUUGUGAAAGCCUGUGCUGUGCCCCACCACUACCUGGCCACCGCUGUUUGGAUGAGCUUCGCCCAGGCUGCUGUCAACCCAAUCGUCUGCUUCCUGCUCAACAAGGACCUCAAGAAGUGCCUGAGGACUCACGCCCCCUGCUGGGGCACAGGAGGUGCCCUGGCUCCCAGAGAACCCUACUGUGUCAUGUAAAGCAGGCUGGUAGGCAGACAGGCAGGGAGAAAGUCAUGGCCACCAUCAUGGGGCCAACAGCAAGGGAGGGAUGGGGCCACAUAUUAGGAGACUUCCCUUCUGAGCUCCAGUCCCAGCCCCUCAAACCACCCGUAAUCUAGACACCUUUGCCAACACCUCCCCAGGGUUGGGGCCUGGGUUGUGGGGCUGGGAAACAGGCGUUUCUAGUUUCGUGAGGCCUGUCUCCACUGCCUCCUUCUCUACUUCUACAAUGUCUCUCUCCCUCUUUCUCUCUAUCUCUAAGAAGUGACAAUUCAGAAAAAGAAAACAAAACUGAAAAUGCGGGUUUUUCUAACAGCUGAGGAGACAGGCUUUCUUGCUUUAAUGUCUCUCCUUCUGACAUUGUCCAGAGGGGGGAAAUUUGCCCUGUAAAAUAGACUUCCAGAGCUCUUAUUGUCCCCUCUGCUCCCAGGCACCCCCUCCAAGUCCUUUAGCAAGGCCUGGAUGCUUUAAGGAGAAAUUGAUCCAGGGCUGCUGACAAAAAGGGACCAAAGGAGAUACUAGGUCCCCAGGGAGCAGAGCUAUUUGCCAUGUUGUGUGCAAUGUUUUAGGUCAACCCUGGUCCCAAGCCCAGUCUCUUCUCCCUCCCCACCAUGUCCAGACCUCCCAAGUGUUUCUUAAACAUCUGGUUGAGAAGCCAGAGAGGGAGGGAGAAGGGUCUGCAGGGAUGGGCCCCAGGGUAGGUGAAGAGCAGGAUGUGAGCUGAACUCUUGGAGAUGAAGAGACCCAAGCUUGGCUGCAUUCUCUCACGCUGCCUCCUGGAUCCCUGACCCCAAACUCUUCUUUCUGAAGAUGGAAAUCCACUCCACCCCACUAGGGCUGAUGUGGGUGCCAUACAGGCAGGAGCAGCCCCCAGAGAAGUGUAGGGAGAGAGCUGAACUCCCCAGAGUAACUGAAUCCCAAAGUCUGGGAUCACAGCUGAAUUCAUCUCCAGAAUUGUCUCCUGGGUUCAUGGUACUCGUCUGAAAAUAAAAACUCUCUGUGGGCCUUGGUAACUCAUAGAGGUACAAACUCCAAGGCACUGUGGACUUGUGUCCACUCCUCUCUGACCUCUUUUUGUCCCUCUCAAACCUCAGGGGCAUCAAGCCCCGCCUUGGUAGCCCUUGGCCUUCUGGGCCUUCAGCCGUGAAUUUCCCUCCUCCCAGUAGCCCUUUCCCCCCUUCCUCCCUCCACCCUUACCUACACCCAAAGGGAAGCAGGCUGGAGCCAGUUUCCCCAGGUGGGAGAUACCAAGCCUUCCCUCUAGGGGCAGAGAGUAUGCUGGGCUCACUUCAAGGUCGGUUCUUGUGGAUGUGUGAGCCAACCUGGCACCCCUUUGCCUGGUUUAGCCCUGGCUGUCUGCUCCACCCCCUUCUCAUUUCUUAGAGAGGGGGGAGAUCUGUAUUUAUCCACCCCCCCUUUCCCUUCCCUAUAGAAGCCCCUGUCCUAAGCUCCCUCCCUAACCCAAGACAGCUCCAGUUCUGGGGAAGCCUUGACCUAAAAGGAGUGGGGAGGGCACUCUAGGCCGGAGAGACAUUAAGGAGCCUGGCUGUGGAAUGGCCCUGGAAAGGCAGGCCAGAAUGACUGAGAGGCUGGGGGUGGGGAGAUGCCUGUUCUCUCAGUGAUAAU